AUGAAAAAUAUUCAGCUGCACGAACCGGUGUUCUUGGAAUAUGCAUUACAAUACAAAUUCUUAUUGAACACGAUCUAUUAUCAUUAUCGAAUUAAAGCAAAAUUUCAUAUAGUUUUCAUCGAAUUCGAUCAUGAUUAUUAUCUUAUUUAUUUACAACGAAAUUAUCGACCAUCGCAAAUCAUCCGAAGUCGAAUCAUUCGUAAUAAACGAUGUUUUCAUAUACGUGAAUUAUUUAACUCUAUAGUGGUUAAUUAUCCUCCGCUUCGUCGUGCAAAAUUCUAUCAUAAAGCGUGUCGUGAUCGAAUUGAACUUCAAUGUUUUUAUGAUUCGACAACAUUUAUGUGUUUAUGCGAUUCAGAAAGAAAAGCCAAUUGUUUUAAUUAUGAUUUUAGCAUAAUUCGCAAUUGUAGUGGCUAUAAUGAUUGUUUAAAUGAUGCUGAUUGUUUUCUUGAUUCACCAACUUGUGCAACAAGUAGUGUAUGUCAAUAUGUUAUUUUAGGAUAUCAUAUUCGACCAACAAUAAGUCUAUUUCGCCAAACAAUUGCUCUACAUCAAUUACAUCUCUUAUAA